AUAUCGCUUGACUGAAGCACUGCUAAUAUUAACCAGAAGAGUGACUAUAAUUUGGAUACUAGAUCACUAGAUCCUGUUAAUCGAUAGUAGUGAUCAAAUUCGUGAUGAAAUGAGAUGCUAGCAAGUAUUAAAUGGGUCCUCGUCUCCACUGGCGGGAAAAGAAGUGUGGGACUAUGUGGACGUUAGAGAUGGGGCCCACAUGUUCUGGUGGCUUUACUACGCAGACAACCCGUCUGUGAAAUACCAGCAACUUCCUCUCGUCAUGUGGCUGCAGGGUGGACCAGGAGGCUCAGGAAGUGGCUUUGGGAACUUUGGGGAGAUUGGACCUCUGAACACCGACUUACAAGCCAGAAAGAGCAGCUGGGUCAAGGCAGCCAGUGUUUUAUUCGUGGACAACCCAGUGGGGACGGGCUUUAGCUACACGGAAAGGCCGGAUUGUUACGCCACCGACGUUGACACGGUGGCUUCGGACAUGCUCGUCCUCCUCAAACGCUUCUUUGCUAAGGUGGAUGAGUUUCAGAGUAUACCCUUCUACAUAUUCUCUGAAUCAUACGGAGGAAAGAUGGCAGCCGCCAUCUCCCUUCAACUCAUAAAGGCUGUGGCACAAGGGGAUGUGAAAUGCAGCUUUGCUGGUGUGGCGCUUGGAGACUCGUGGAUAUCACCAGUGGACUCCGUGAUGACGUGGGGCCCGUAUCUCUACGCUACUUCGCUGCUGGACGAUCGCGGUUUGAAGGAAGUCAGCGGCGCAGCAGAGGCGGUGAAAGACGCCGUGGAGCAAAAGCAGUUCCAGAAAGCCACAGAGCUGUGGUCCGUGGCUGAGACGGUGGUGGAGCAGAACACCAACGGAGUCAACUUCUACAACAUCCUCUCACAGGAGCCACCUGACCACGCUGCCUCUUCAGCAGGGAGGAACUUCAUAUCCCUGCAAGCUAGACGCCACGUCCACCCCCUGCAGAGACAAACGCUGAGCGAGCUGAUGAACGGAGCAAUACGGGAGAAACUGGGAAUUAUCCCUGACAACGUCACCUGGGGAGGUCAGGCUGAAGAGGUGUUCAGCUACAUGGCGGGAGACUUUAUGAGGCCUGUGGUGAACAUCGUGGACGAGUUGCUGGCUGCCGGAGUGAACGUGUCCGUGUACAACGGACAGUUGGACCUGAUAGUGGACACGCUGGGUCAGGAGCUGUGGGUGCAGAAGCUGCAGUGGGCGGGCUUGCCGGGUUUUAACAAGCUCAGGUGGACCGCCUUGGACGACCCCACCUCUCCUGGUGUCACUGGCGCUUUCGUCAAGUCCUUUAAGAACUUUGCCUUUUAUUGGAUCCUCAAAGCAGGUCACAUGAUUCCAUCAGAUCAGGGCGCCAUGGCUUUGCAGAUGAUGAAGAUGAUCACCAAGCAAGUCUGAUGCGUCCAAUCAGAAGUCAGCUUUUUAUGUACUUUGUUUUAAACCAAAGCAAUUCCUAAUAAAGAUGAAUGUAUUUGUUGUACAGUAGCUGUUUGUAUCCCCACUGAUCUCAUCAACCAAUAAAAGUAUCAAAAUAAAGGGUGAAAACACUGAAAUACGCCAACAGCAGCACACAAGCCCGGCAGUCUAACUGACUCGCCGUCCUCUAUUACAUAUGUGCGAGUCAUGAACGAGUCGUUCGAAACUCCUGAGUGUACGAAAUUGGGAAUCACGGGUACUCGCCUGUGUGAAUUUGUUCACUUACUCACCCCUGCUGCCGCUAUGAAACAGAUAAAUGGACAUUUAAGAUUACUAUACCUUCAUUAUAGAUGUGAUAAUUAAGCAUUUAUCCCUUUAAUUCAUCAAUUAUAUGCACAUAGAAUUGUUUGUAAAACUAGAGAAACGUGUUUUGUGUCUCUAGGCUUCCGGAACGAAUUAGUCCUUGUUUACGGCGGUUCAUUGGUUCCAGGCGCGACCGCCCGAAAGUUCAUUUCCGCAAAGUAGGAUUCAAUGUUAACAAAAUUGAAUGAUUUCGUAGUCAAGAGUAUAGAAAACCUGCUUAUGACUUUCUAAGUUAUUAGAGCCAUGAAGACACGAAAUAACAUUCCUAUAGUCACCUUGACACUCACAUUAUUCUUUGUUUACACCACAUUGCUAAUAGGCAGGCUACGGGAUACUGCAAGGACAAAAGACAAGGCCGCCACUAGCACAGUUUAUUUCUUGCAAACUUAAGAAACGGUUUCAAAGGAAGGGGAAGAAAGAAAGAGUACGACGCCCAAAACAUACCACUUCCAGUCGAAACAGCAGGACAACUUGUUUUCACUGUAUUGUGGCGCGGCUGACCACAUGCGGUGAUGUAACGUCAUGUCCCAGCAACCUUUGCGUCAUUACUGCCGCCUAGUGGCCAUAGUACCACGUACUGUGCAUCUUCAUUUCAAUGUUUUGACUAACAAUGGGCCAUAGCCAUAGGCCACUGUGGAACUGCAAAUAUAAAAUGUACUCAUGUAACCUUGUAUGUGUGUUCGA